AUGCCAACAAACCCCGACAGGGAACGCGACGCCGAAAUCGCCGAGCUGCUGGCCAAACGCAACGAACUGCUGGCCAAAGCCGACGAGAUGGCAAAACGCCCCGGCGAGAGAAGUGCCGCCGAACUCGCGGAGAUGCAGGCCACAGCCGACGAGAUGGGGUCCGUAGCGGCCAAGUUGAGCGCCCACGAAGCCAAAUUGAAGAAGCAGAUCAACGCCUUGGAUGCUGGGGCUCAGCUACUUGAAGAUGGGCAGAAGACAGUGAAGCUAGCGGAGGCUGAAAAGGCCGCUCAAGAGGGGGGAUGGCACGAGACGAGGGCGAGGUUCAACAGCAUGUUCAAUCGGGUUCAAGAGAUGUUGGCUGAGGGGAGAAGGACUGAGUACACGGAUGGAGAGUCGUAG